AUGACUGAAGCGUGUCCUGAUUGCAAGGCUCUGAAAUUUAAUGGAGAAACGAAAGGAAUGUGUUGUGCCACUGGAAAAAUUAAACUGCCUCAACUUGGAGAACCGCCAGAGCCAUUAAAAACUUUGCUUGCCAGAUAUACCGCCGAAUCAAAGCAUUUCCUCUCUAACAUCAAGAAAUACAACUCAUGCUUCCAAAUGACAUCGUUCGGUGCAGAAAUCGUAACAGCUCAAUUCAUGCCAACUUUCAAAGUGAAAGGACAAAUUUAUCAUAAAGCCGGCUCCCUGCUUCAGUUCCCAGAUGGUCAAUAUAAAUUCCUACAAAUGUAUUUCAUCGGUGAUGAAUUGAAUGCACGCUGCGGAAUUUCUACCGGCAUGAAAAGGUCCAUCGUUUCCCAACUGUAA